AUGAGUGUCGUUACUUCUUCACCCAUCUUUCACCUGGAGGCUACCUCCAAAGACCUGUCGGUCGUCGAGGCCAAACAUCAGGCUGAGACUUCCGUAAGGGAGGCCACGCUUCUGCCAGUGGUUCAGCCAAAGCCCACCCCUCGUGGAACUCCAGCUUUCGAAGCCAGGAGGGAAGCGUUGCUGCGAGACCUCAAGGCCAAAGUCCCAUUUGACUAUUACCUCCCCCCAGAACUCAUCAGCAACCCUCCAACUGAUGUCUCUGGCAUACCGUCAAGCUGCGGGAUCUUGACGGAAGAGGAGAUCCACAUCACCGAGGACUAUGAUGCUGUCAGCCUUGCUGCGGCUAUCGCCAGUCGCAAGUUCACCGCGGUCGCUGUGGCCACUGCCUUUUCCAAGCGCGCCAUCAUUGCGCACCAGCUCACCUGCUGCUUGACGCAGUGGUUCAUGGACGAGGCCAUUGCCCAAGCUAGGCAGUUGGACCAGUACCUGGCCGAGCAUGGCAAGCCUAUUGGGCCUCUCCACGGGCUCCCUAUCAGCAUCAAAGAGCACAUGCCCAUUGCUGGGACUCUCUCCUCCCAAGGCUGCCUCCAGAGCCUUGUCUUGGACGAAAAGGACAGUGACAUGGUUGCUAUUCUGCGGAAGCUCGGGGCUGUGUUUUACUGCAAGACGAACCAGCCCCAGACCAUCAUGCACCUGGAAAGCGACUCUCUCUGGGGCCGGACGCUGAACCCCUUCAACAUCCACCUCUCUGCCGGCGGAUCAACCGGUGGUGAGGCGGCCCUGAUCGCCAUGAAGGGCUCCGUUCUGGGUGUCGGCACAGACAUCGGUGGCAGUAUCCGUGGACCAUCAGCCUUUUGCGGCAUCUAUGGAUUCAAGACUACAUCGUAUACCUUGCCAAUGAGGGGUUUCGAUGCAAGCCCAUUUCCAGCUGAGUUGACAAUCCUGGCAUCCACGGGACCUAUGUGUCGCAGCCUGACGGACAUGGACUUUUUCAUGAAGUGUGUCCUCUCCGCUAGGCCCCAUCUUAAGGAUCCAAGGCUCGUUCCCCUUCCAUGGACAGGCUUGCAGACACCUCUCGGUCGGCCACUGAAGAUUGGUUUCAUCAGCAAUGACGGUUUCGUGGACCCUCAACCACCAGUCAAGAAAGCCCUGUCAUGGGCAAGGGGUCUUCUUUCCGACCCAAAGCACAAGGGAGUCCUCGAGGUGAAGGACUUCAAGGUCUUUGGUUCAGCAGACGCCUGGUCAAAGGUCAGGAGAAUGUACUGGCCCGAGGGUGGAAAGCUUGCAAAAGACGCCAUUCUUGCUACAGGGGAACCAAUCCAUCCGUUGACAGAGUGGAUCUGGAAAGAUGCAGAAGCGCAAGGUAUGCAGACAGCUGCGGACCUCAGUAAGAUGCGCCGAGAGAGAGAUGAGUUUCGCUGGGCGUUCGCAGAGAGCUGGAACCAGCAGGACGUUGACGUGGUUCUUGGACCGGCUUUUGUUGGACCUGCUUCUGCCCACGAUACGGCAUUCUAUUGGAACUAUACUUCGCUCUACAACCUUGUUGACUACCCUGGCGUUGUAGUUCCGACGCCGAUCAAGUCGGAAGCUGGGGAUAAGUAUGAGGCGGACUACGUGCCGUUGAGUGACGCUUGCCAACAUGUCAAGGAGUUGUGGGAGAGCUCAAACUUUGACGGAGCGCCGAUCAAUCUGCAGAUAGUUGCGCGAAAGUAUCAUGACAAUGAGCUAUUUGGUGCUCUCCAGGUGCUCAAGGAAGUUCUAGGAUUGCCAUGA